AUCUUGUUUUAUUAUUUGUUUUGUCAUCACCCCAUAACUUCUGCACCCAUCAUAUCAAUCAUAUCAUAUCAUGUUAUGAUGUUGAUAAUGCUUUGAUCUAUCGAAUGUGUUCUACCGUAUCGUCUCAUAGUUUUGCACACCUCUUAAACAUUUUGAAAGAGCCUGAGUCCCCAACCAUUCAUUUAACCCAUAGCCAUGGCUCCAACAACACCUCGAAACCAAUCCCCCUCACAACGUCCGCUCCCUGGAUCCCCAACUUACUCAUAUGCUUCUACGCUUCCUCUUGCGUCCACAUUUUCCCUUGCGCUUCCUCCUCCGCCAGCCCCCCAUCCUCCACACGCUGUCCUCACGAAAGCUGAUCUUGAACUCUCCCAAAUCGCCUAUUCGGAACUCAUUAGCACCGCCAAAAGUUACCGACUAGCGCUCGCAGAGCUAAGCUCAUCUGCAUCAGCUUUUGGCAGCGCCUUAGAAGCAUGUGCACGAUUAAAAGAAGCACGAUCCGAAGGCUUGGCUCCACCUGGUGGUAGUCUCAGCAAUAGUUUUACGGCGAAAGGAAAUUGUACUGGAGAUAAUCUGAUGUCUGCUAGUGGAGUACAUCAGUUGAUAGCGAACCAUCAGCAAAUACUUUCAGAAUGUGUGUACAGAUCAUUUGAGGUGCCUUUACUGCAUGAAUUAGACAAUUGGGGUCGGCAUAUAGAGGAAGAGGAGGUCUCAUAUCGGAAGGAAGUCAAGAUUAAGAGCAAAGAGAUUCAGAAGAUGGAGAAGGAGGGAAUGAGAUUACACAAGCAGAGAAAAAGAGAUGUGCGAGGAUUCAGGGGGCAUCUGGUGGAAUUGACUACAAGACUUGACGGCCUUACAACACUCCACGGUGAACAUUCAAGAGUCUUGUUGAGAGACUGUCAAGAUGUCAGCACCAAGGUUGUCGAAGCUAGUUCCUCUCUCGUUCGCGCAGAAGUGGAAAUUUUUGAAGCCCUCGCACGAAAAGGUUGGACGGGAGGUGGCCUCGAGGAUUUACUUGAACAUGGACAAGAUCUCUUCUCCUCGGAACCUCCCAUUGCGAACACAGAUUCCAGUGGUAGCCCAUCCAAGAUUUUCAGCAUUCUUCCACAAAAAUCUAUCCUUGUGGAUGCCACACAUCCCGCUCCAGAUACACCCCACAAAAAGAUAAAUCACAAACGGAGUGACAGUCUUCUUGUUGAUAACAACCAUUAUCAUUCUCUAGCUGCAGUCGCAGAACGUGAUAUAGAUGGCGGAUCAGUAUUUUCUGAACGAGAUACGAGGAUUCCGAAUCGUUCCAGAGCUGUAAGGCCCUUCAGCCCAGAGCUAGUCGGAAGAAGUCUUGAUCCACUAGAAUUGCCUCCACCAAGUCAUAUUCCCAGCCAGAAUCCAUCUCCUAGUGAAGAGUACGUCGAAAGAUCAAGAUUUGAGGCCUUAGGCUCCGUCACACCUAAGAUAUUCAAGGGCCAAACUAUCUUAGAUUCAGAGGUACCCUCAACGAUUUCUUCACCGGAAAUAUUCGCAGAAACGGAGACGGAAAGGGACACAGAAACAGACGCAGUGACAGCAACAAGCACCAAAACAGAGAUGGACCAAGAGACCAGCAGUCUACAUUCGGAGGGAACAAUCCGCGGAGACGAGCAGCCAAUCCCACCUCCCCAACACGAGUUUGAACAGGACGAAGAGAGAAGCGAGCAAGGAUGGGUUGAUAGAUUUUAUGUUUAAAUGAUUAGCACGUGGAUUAUGAACUCGAGCGUACUAAUACCCCCAUCUAGAUCAUUUUUUGUUUUGUUUUGUUUCCGUCUCUUUCCAGCAUGCGUAUAUAGGUGUUUGGGGUAUUUACUUUGAGUUCUGGUUCUGGGUUCUGGGUUUCGGCUUCUGGGAUGGAGUUAUAUAAAAUUAUGUGAUGUACGAGACGAUUUGGAGGUGUGCUGACACGUUCAACGAGAAUAGAGUAGAGUACAGUAGAGAGUUUCAUGUGUGAUGUUUCAUGUUUGAUGAUAAAUAGAAUGACCAAAUAAAUUUUCAUGCU